CGCCGAAGAAGACGAAAUCGCUGCGGAACUCGAGGCCGUUCAAGCAGUGUACGGAGACGAUUGUGUCAUCUUCGAUUCCUUCCCUCCUCAUAUUCAUCUCCACAUAAAGCCUCGCACCGCUGAUAUUACUUCCGAGCAGCCCAGUUGGAAAGCCCAAUAGGACUGGACCCGAAAGAGAUGCAGGAGAAGGUGAGAAGCUGGAUUGAGCAAGCUAGCUGUGAAGGAGAACCGACUCAGUUUCCAGGAGAAGAGAGCUGCGUGGAGAAGGAAGAAAAACAGCCAGCAAGGGAUGGAGAGAGAGUGCAAGCGCGUGAAGCGCGAGUGCGCGUACGACCCCGAUGGCUCAAGGAGUUUGUUAGGCUGGAGCAAAAAUGAGAGGAGCGGCUGGGAGUAUUGAGUUGCAUUUGUUUUAUUUCUAUUGUAAUUUCGGAACAGAGGGUAUAUAAGGACCCAUAGAACAAUUUGUUUUGGGUUGUUGAAUGAAAUUGCUAGAAAUAGCUGGAGAUUGGCCUUGUCUCGAAGAAGGCGUAUUCUAUCACUGGUGCUUUCCAUUGAUCCUUCAUUUCCGCAAUGAAGAACGAAGAACUCGCUGCCAUGAUUCACGCUUUGGAGUUCAGUUUUCAGAAGCAUUCGGAAGAACAAUUUGCUCGGUUUAAUGCAAAAUUGGAAGAACAAGUCACAAGGUUGGAUGACCGCGUGAACCAGUUACAAACACCAUCGGGAACAUCGCAGGGAGGCAAUGCUAGUGUAAUUCAGGAUCCGCAUUCUCCAACUAAACAUCAGUCGGAGGGAGUCUCGGAGAACAGAGAAUUGAAUCACAUCCUGAAGAGUAUGCGAGUGAAAGUGCCUCGGUUUGACGGGAGCAAUGUCGAAGAUUGGGUGUACAAGAUCAACAAGUUUUUUGACUUACAUGGGGUUCCUCCAGGUACACGGUUAGCCUUGAUUGCUUUUCAUCUCGAAGGACCUCCUUCCACUUGGUUUCAAUGGAUGGAAAAAGGGGGUGGGUUUGCCGACUGGAAUUCGUUUCUGCGAGCUUUAAGGUUACAUUUUGGAGUCUCGGUUUAUGAGGAUCCUUUGGGCAGAAUUGCGAAAUUAACUCAAACUAGACGUGUUGCGGAAUUUCGGGCUGACAGAGGGGAGUCGCGCGGGGUGGUCUCCGAGGUUUCCGACUUCGCCAAGUCAGGCCAUAGCACGGUUGGAUCGACUGUGAAUACACCCACGACCAAUGUAAUAGUAGCACCAAAAUUGCACAAACCCAGCUCUUCGGGGUUACCGGUGAAGCGCCUGUCCCCUACGGAGAUCAAAGAAAAACGUGAUAAGGGUCUAUGUUUCACCUGUGAUGAGAAGUAUAGUUUUGGUCAUAAAUACAAAAAUCGUGUCCUAAUACUAUGUACCCAUGGCGAUGAAGAACCAGAAGAAACAUUGGCUCCAACGAACCAAGAGGACAUUUCUGAUACAGAGGACGGGCCAGCUGAAGAAGUGAGUUUGAACUCACUAGCAAACUCUUCCAACCCGAGGAUAUUUCGCAUUAUGGCCCAACAAGGAACCGAGCCUUUGGAGGUUUUGAUCGACACGGGCAGCAACAAUAACUUUAUCUAGGAGGCGUUAGCAGCUCGGUUGGGAUUAGCUUGUGAAGAUACUAAGAAGUUCAAAGUGUAUAUGGGAAAUGGCAACUCUCUUUGGUGCUCCCAACUGUGUAAAGACGUGGAGUUGAUUUUACAAGGGCAUAAGUUCCUAGUUGAUUUAUAUGUGCUGCCGAAAUGGGGUUUGGACGUCGUUUUGGGGAUGCAAUGGCUUCAAACUUUGGGACCUUGCAUACAUGAUCAUAGAGCAUUAACAAUGGAGUUCCAAUGGCAGGGGAGCGUGAUCAAACUGGCUGGUACAACUACUGCAGAAAGUCAUCAAUUAUCUUCAACACAACUACGCAUCAUGUGUCGAGAAGGGGACAUAAGGGAUGUAUUCAUGUUGGCCACUGUUACACAGGAGGAGGCAGCGGCUUAUACGGAGGUUGCGGACCUAGAAAGACAACUACCCUUGGAAGGACGAGGUGUCCUUUUUGAAUUCCAGGAUGUUUUUGCCGAGCCUACACAACUACCACCACACCGAAUGACUGAUCACCGCAUUUUCCUACAACCGGGGUCGAAACCAGUCAAUGUAAGACCAUAUCGUUAUCCUUAUUUUCAAAAGGAUAUUAUAGAGAAACUGGUUCGUGAGAUGGAGCAAUACGGGUUCGUGCAACCAAGCAAUAGUCCCUAUUCGUCACCGAUCUUAUUAGUGAAGAAAAAGGAUGGGUCGUGGCGUUUUUGCAUUGAUUACCGAGCGUUGAACGACAUCACCAUAAAAGACCGCUUUCCCAUACCGACCAUAGAUGAGUUAUUGGACGAAUUGGGUGGGGCGACAGUAUUUUCUAAGCUGGGUCUGCGGGCUGGGUAUCACCAAAUUCGAAUGGAUUCGCGAGAUAUUCACAAGACGACAUUUCGCACUCACGAAGGCCAUUACGAAUUUCGAGUUAUGCCAUUUGGUCUUACUAAUGCCCCCUCGACGUUUCAAGCCACCAUGAAUCAGGUAUUCAAACCACUACUCCGCCACUGUGUAAUUGUUUUCUUUGACGACAUUUUAGUUUACAGCAAGACCGGAGAAGACCACCGCUGCCAUUUGCGCCUUGUGUUACAAAAGCUACGGGAUCAUCAGUUUUAUGCUAAAGGCAGCAAGUGCAAAUUCUUUCAGCCAGCAAUUGAUUAUUUGGGACAUCUAGUUUCAGCCCAAGGGGUGCAGGCCGACCCUUCCAAGAUUGCUGCAAUGGUAGAGUGGCCUCAGUCGCGCACUAUUAAACAGCUGAGGGGAUUUCUGGGUUUGACAGGUUACUACCGCCGCUUUGUGGCCCACUACGCUACCAUAGCCGCCCCCCUUACAAAACUUUUGAAGGACAAUUUUGUAUGGACAGAGCAAGCUGAGAUAGCCUUCCGUCAGCUCAAAUCAGCCAUGACUAAGACCCCAGUCCUUAUUCUGCCAGAUUUUUCUAAAAUUUUUAUCAUAGAGUCUGAUGCAUCAAAUGUGGGUAUUGGAGCAGUUUUAAUGCAGGAAAAUCAUCCUAUCGCAUUUUUCAGCAAGAAAUUGGGACCCAAAUUUGUGGGUGCAUCGGCAUAUCUAAGGGAGUUAAGCGCGAUUGUAGAGGCGGUAACUAAAUGGCGACAGUACUUAUUGGGCCGCCAUUUUGUCAUUCGCACGGACCACCGAAGCUUAAAAGAACUACUCACCCAAGUAAUACAAACACCUGAACAGCAGCAUUUUCUAAGGAAACUCAUUGGGUUCAGUUUUUCAAUAGAAUACAAGGCGGGUAAAACUAAUUCAGCUGCAGAUGCACUCUCCAGGAGACAUGACGGAGCGUCUUCGUUCCUUACCGCUGCUAUCUCCUCUGCUUGUUUUGAUUUUCUGGAUGAAUUGAGACGCGAAAACACUACCUGCCAAGAACUUCGGCAUAUCCACAACCAGCUAGCCGAAGGUACUUUGACAGCAGCUGAUUAUUCAGUUCGUGAGGGCUUACUUUACUACAGGCAGCGCAUUAGAGUGAGUUCUAACUCCAACUUUAAGCAGCAACUUAUUAGAGAAUUCCAUGACACUCCUAUGGGUGGACAUGCGGGGGUGGAACGCACGUUCCUUCGGUUAAGUGCCAAUUUUUUUUGGCCGGGUAUGAAAUCUGAAGUUAGAAGUUUUGUGCAAUCUUGUCUCGUUUGUCAAACAGUCAAGUAUUCACCUGCUGCCCCUUAUGGAUUGCUACAGCCAUUGGAGCUUCCGGAACGCGUAUGGGAGGAUUUGGCGAUGGAUUUUAUUGUGGGAUUGCCAAAUUCAUUUGGGGUCACAAACAUUUUGGUUGUAGUCGAUCGCUUCACCAAAUACGCUAAUUUCGGAGCAUUGCCGAACCAUUAUUCAGCCACCAAGGUCGCUGAUCUUUUUUCUCAUAUGGUGAUCCGUUUGCAUGGUAUGCCAAGAUCUAUUGUUUCGGAUAGAGACCCAAUUUUCACUAGUGCCUUCUGGAAGAAAUUGUUUGAGUUUAUGGGCACGAAGCUGAAAAUGAGUUCCUCAUAUCACCCACAAACGGAUGGGCAAACAGAAGUUACCAAUCGAUAUUUGGAACAAUAUCUAAGGGCAUUUACAGCGGACAAUCCUAAGCAGUGGAGCAAAUUUCUCUCUUGGGCAGAAUAUCACUAUAACACCAGUCAUCACUCCGCUAUUGGUAUGACUCCUUUUCAGGCAGUUUAUGGCAGAGCUCCUCCUACCAUUCCGGCGUACACAAGAGGCUCCACUACCAUUCAGGCGGUUGAAAAUGAUUUACUCUCUCGGGAUACCAUUUUGCAGCAAUUGAAAGACAAUCUACUCCAAGCCCAACACCGUAUGCGACAGCAAGCGAAUAAGAAACGCAGGGAUAUCGAAUUCAAGGUCGGCGAGCUGGUCUUAGUGAAAUUACAGCCCUAUAGACAAGCGACUGUGGCUAAACGACUUAACUACAAACUAUGCCGGAGAUAUUUUGGUCCUUUUCCGGUCUUAGCUCGCGUGGGAGCCGUGGCGUACACCUUGGAAUUACCGGCUGGAAGUCGAAUCCACCCAACUUUUCAUGUGUCUCUGCUCAAACCGUUUCAUGGCAACUCCACCUUGCCUUGCUUUCCACUACCCGAGCACCCUGUCAACAACAAACCAGUUAUGACUCCCCAGGCUAUUUUAGCUACUAGAACCAGUGAAGGCAAACAACAAGUGUUAGUUCAAUGGUCCCUGUGUGCGCCGGAGGAUGCAACGUGGGAAGAUUUUCCACAAUUCUGUCAGCUGUACGGGUUUACCAACCUUGCGGACAAGGUUGUUUUCGAGCAGGGGAGUAGUGUUGGCCCAGCCCAGUUGGAAAGCCCAAUAGCACUGGACCCGAAAGAGAUGCAGGAGAAGGUGAGAAGCUGGAUUGAGCAAGCUAGCUGUGAAGGAGAACCGACUCAGUUUCCAGGAGAAGAGAGCUGCGUGGAGAAGGAAGAAAAACAGCCAGCAAGGGAUGGAGAGAGAGUGCAAGCGCGUGAAGCGCGAGUGCGCGUACGACCCCGAUGGCUCAAGGAGUUUGUUAGGCUGGAGCAAAAAUGAGAGGAGCGGCUGGGAGUAUUGAGUUGCAUUUGUUUUAUUUCUAUUGUAAUUUCGGAACAGAGGGUAUAUAAGGACCCAUAGAACAAUUUGUUUUGGGUUGUUGAAUGAAAUUGCUAGAAAUAGCUGGAGAUUGGCCUUGUCUCGAAGAAGGCGUAUUCUAUCAGAUUUUAGUAUUUGUUUUGUUAUUUAUUUUGGUGAAUUUUCAUUGCUGAGAAAAUUUAUUCUUCG